AUGUUUGCCUUCAUACUGAAUAUCUUGUAUUCCAUAAUAUGUAUUUCAACAUUAUCCUUAGCCAGUGGGAAUGGAAUAUAUGAUGGAUCUCUUACCAAUAUUCCUAUCGAGCAUCAUCGGUUAGAAAAUGAUCGGAUUUACCUUGAUAGAGUCAGAGGAUCAGGGCAAGCUGGUUAUUCCAUGUUGAUAUGGUUAGGAACACCACCUCAAAAGCUACGGGUUAUCUUGGACACUGGAAGUAGUUUCUGUGGAAUUAUGGCUGCACCUAGCCCUGUUGUUAAGCAUUACUUUCAUAUGAAUAGAUCAUCAACUCUAGAAGAAACCAAUUUACGAAUCGAUUCCAGCUAUGUUAAAGGCUACUGGAGUGGUCAAUUGGUUAGCGAUAUGCUCCAUUUAGGGAUUGGCUUACAUAAACAAGUACGAAUCCAAUUUGCAGCAAUUACAAAUCAAAAAGAGUUCUUUACCGAAACGACAAGAUUUGACGGAAUAUUAGGCUUAGCCUAUCCAUCCUUAGCAGUGCAAGGAAAUUUCUAUCAAAAACCAGUCUUUAAUGAAAUUGUUCAACAAGCUGGUAUUCGUGAUAUAUUUACUUUAACCUAUUGUGCUAGCAAGAUGAGAAAGGAUCUAUUCGGCAAUCAAUAUAUCACUGGUGGUGGAUUUAUGACUUUAGGCGGAAUCGAUAAUAAUUUACUUGCUGGACCUGUCUUUUAUACACCUAUCGUGGAAAAGUAUUAUUACCAGUUUCAAUUAACAAAUGUAUUAGUUGAUGGGCAAUCCAUUGGAUUUUCACCAUAUGAUUACAUGCAUUAUCCUGCCUUGGUCGAUAGUGGAACAUCUAUACUCCGCUUUCCUCCUUUUAUGUAUAAACGAUUAAUGCCAAUCUUUCUUCGUUCCAUUCAGGAUCGAUCGGUUUUCUCGCAUGGUUUUUUCUAUCGGGGUCAUGCAGUAUGUAUGGAAGAAUCGCAAUUGUUACAACAUCGUUUUCCAACUAUUCGCCUAUCUAUACGAUUGGCAUCCUUCGAGAAAACUAAUUUCAAGACACCACGACAAUUUACAUUAGUUCUUUCGCCUAUGCAAUAUUUCAUCUUAUCUGGAAAAGAACGCCAUGGAAAACCGUGCUAUCAUUUUGGCAUAGCAGGGACUUCUGGUGCAUUUGGUAUCAUCUUGGGAGAUGUUGUUAUGAAAGGAUUCUCUGUCACAUUUGAUCGAGUUAAUUCAAUGCUAGGAUUUGCAGUCUCAAAAUGCGCAGGUCUUAAAUUGCAAACCGCAUAUAGCAAGCAGUUUUAA